AUGCGGCUAAUCAACACGCAAACCCUGGAACUCCAUGAGUUCUUCAACGAAAAUACGCCGCCUUAUGCGAUCUUGUCUCAUGUUUGGGGCAACCAGGAAGCUACCUUUCAAGACUGGCAGAACCAUCAGCAAGUCAUAUGGAAGGCUGGAUAUUGGAAGAUACGGGGUGCUUGUAAUGAAGCUCUAAAGUACAGGUUAGAGUGGCUCUGGGUUGAUACGAACUGUAUCGAUAAGAGCAGCUCAGCAGAGUUGUCAGAAGCGAUAAACUCGAUGUUUGCAUACUAUCAGAAGUCAGAAGUCUGCUUUGCCUACCUAGUUGAUGUUCCUACCGCAAAUCAACCCGAGGACGUACUAUAUUCUCAAAUCGCGAGAAGUCGCUGGUUUACUCGAGGCUGGACACUGCAAGAGCUUAUAGCACCCAAAAAUCUGAUCUUUCAUGCUGCUGAUUGGUCCCAAAUUUGCAGAAACGUUGGAUCCCUGACCUUUUUGGUUACACAAAUUACUCAGAUUCGUCAAGAAUAUCUAGACGGUCAAUGGAACAUACACGGUGCUUCUAUCGCAGAGAGGAUGUCUUGGCUAUCAAAGAGGACGACGACGCGAACCGAAGAUAUGGCAUACUGUAUGCUUGGCAUAUUUAAUAUCAAUAUGCCAUUGCUGUAUGGGGAAGGGGAAAGAGCAUUUGUACGCCUUCAGGAAGAGAUCAUGAAGACCAGCAAUGAUCACACUAUUUUCUGCUGGGAGUGGAAUGAGGAUGUCCCAAAGGAUUGGGGUAGUCUUCUUGCUCCAUGGCCAACGACCUUUCAGGCCGCUGGGGAUUUCUGUCCAGCCAUCAGUCACGAAAUCUCAAUCUAUUCCAUGACCAAUGCUGGGCUGUCAAUUCAGUUACCUACCAUGAUCACGUCAAUCAGUACCCACAGGGUUGAUAAUUGGGUCGUUGUGCUGCAAGCUACUUCGAGACGCUUAGGUCAUAUGCCUCGACAAGUUGCAUGCAUCAGGGUAGCGGGUCACAGGAUAGGGGACUUGCUCCACGUCUCGCGUAUCCCAUCCCUCCCUCGACCAAUGACUAUAUCGGAAGUUCGUGUGGGGCAAGUUUCAACUCAAGCCCUUAUUGUGACAAGAAAAUUUCGCCUCCGUGGCGAAGAAGGCCGGAAUAAUGAAUCAAUCCCCGACUUUGAUGAUGAACGAAUACUGCACUUCCUGCCCGUUUUUGCAGGGCACCCUAUCAGAAACAGUCAGAAGCCAAAAUGGCGAUUUGAGCACUUGCAUGGAGAAGAUGUCGGUUUGGACUCAGCAGUAGGCACAAUCACGCUGAAGGUUGACGAGGGAGGUAUUGGGGUCGGUGCAAUCAUGAUGGAAUACGACGACGGACCAUCGUCGAUAGUAUCCAACCUCCUACUUGGUGCCGGCCUGGAAGACGACGCUUACAAUGCUUCAGUUGAGUUUGGUGGACUGUCGAGCAAAGUAACUCACAAUACCUCCAUUCAGCUGCCAUCAGAGAAGAGGCUAUUUCGUCGCUGGAGCAGUGGAUCUGCACCGAACUCUCGCGACAUGGAGGGUAUUUUGCGCCAAUGGACUCAACAAAUCAGGCUUGACAGGUUUACCAGGCCGCUGGUCUCCUACAGUCAAGAGUUUGACCUAACGAUGGUGCUGGAGAGAGCUAUAGAUGUCAUGUGGGGCUCUAGAAGCUGUUAUUUCUUGAUCUUCUAUAAAGGCCACUUUGUCCAAGCUCUCGUUCCUUAG